AUCCAGAGGAGGGACCGGAGGGAGGAGCAGCAGGGAGCGGUGACGUAGGAUAGGAAUGAGGGAGUGAAUGUUCCGGGUCAGAAACUGGACUGGAGAGGAAAUUAACUCCGGCACGAAACGGAAAAAAAUUACAAAAACAUCCACAGAAUGCCAACCUCUCCAACAGGGAUACGUAAGCUGUGCUUUUUGCGCCAGAAAGAGGUUUUUUAGAGGCGGCCGGUGUCUACGAGAGACGGGGAGAAAACACAGGUGCCAACUGCGAGCUACAAAGUGGGGCAGCGGCGGAGAGUUGUUCUCCUGACGAACGUUCGCUCGGUAUCGAGUCUGAGUUUCGGUGUUUAGUUGGUUGUAAGUUUCGUCUCUUGCGUGUUUUAGCGGAGAACUGAGUUCAGGACGGUCCCGUUGCGGCUAUCUGUUGCAUCCCCUUCUUCCUCAUCCCCGCCGUCUGUUUAUCGCAGAUUUAUUCCCCACUCCCCCCGUGAUGUUUCACUGCAUACCCUUGUGGCGGUGCAACCGUCACGUUGAGACGGUCGAUAAACGCCACUGCUCACUGCUCUAUGUUCCCGAUGAGAUUUACCGCUACGGACGGAGUUUGGAGGAGCUGUUGCUGGAUGCCAACCAACUCCGAGACUUGCCUAAGCCAUUUUUCCAGUUGGGGAAACUUCGAAAACUAGGCCUGAGUGACAACGAGAUCCAAAGACUUCCACCGGAAAUUGCCAACUUUGCCCAGCUGGUUGAGCUGGAUAUCUCUCGAAACGAUAUUGUGGAAAUUCCAGAGAGUAUUUCGUACUGCAAAGCCCUCCAAGUUGCAGAUUUCAGUGGAAAUCCAAUAACGAGGUUACCUCAAAGCUUUCCGGAGCUACGGAAUCUUACAUGCCUUUCCAUCAACGAUAUUUCCUUGCAGGUUCUCCCUGAAAACAUUGGAAACCUUUCUAAUUUGGUGUCACUAGAACUCAGAGAAAAUUUGUUGACAUUCCUACCAGAGUCACUAUCUCAGCUUCAUAGACUUGAAGAACUUGACCUAGGCAAUAAUGAACUAUACAGUCUGCCCGAUUCGAUAGGCAGUCUCAUCAACUUAAAGGACUUGUGGCUAGAUGGAAACCACUUGACAGAAAUACCUCUGGCGAUCGGCGAUAUUAAAACCCUGUUGUGUCUGGAUGUAUCUGAAAACAAAAUCGGGAGUCUUCCAGAGGAGAUGGGAGGCCUGGUGUCACUCACUGACCUGCUGGUGUCUCAGAACUCCAUCGAGUCUCUUCCAGGAAGCAUUGGAGAACUACGUAAACUCUCUAUAUUAAAGGCUGACCAGAAUAGCAUCAUGUUUCUUCCGGAGAGCAUUGGCAGCUGUGAAAGUCUGACGGAACUUGUGCUCACAGAAAACCAGCUACAGAGUUUGCCUGCAAGUAUUGGGAAGUUGAAGCACCUGUCCAAUUUAAACUGUGACAGAAACCGGUUGACAACACUACCUAAAGAGAUCGGCGGCUGCAGCAGUCUGAAUGUCUUCUGUGUACGAGAAAACCUGCUGACGAAGAUCCCGCCGGAGCUGUCGCAAGCCACAGAGCUGCACGUGCUUGAUGUCUCUGGAAACCGCCUCUCCUACCUGCCGAUGUCACUGACCACGCUGCGGCUGAAGGCCCUGUGGUUGUCAGAAAACCAGUCUCAGCCGCUCCUCAGUUUUCAGGUGGACACGGAUCCUGAAUCAGGCGAGAAAGUCCUCACCUGCGUUCUGCUGCCUCAGCAGCCAUGUGAACUGGACCUUAAAGCCUCUGACAAUCUCGCCCGCUUCGGAGCCCUGGAGAGCCUGGUGAAUGGUAUGGCUGAUGACACGUGGGAUGACAAAGCCAUCAACAGAAACAGUGUCAUUCACUUCCAUGUGGAUGCAGAUGAGGAUGAGGACGAUGAUAGGGGAACACUACUUCGGCGGGCCACUCCUCAUCCUGGCGAACUGAAAACCAUGAAGAAAGUCGUAGAGAACCUCCGCAAUGACCUGAAUGCGGCCAAAGGCCUGGACUCCAACAAAAACGAGGUCAAUAAUGCUGCAGAGACAGUGACCACGUCUGUGUGACUUUUACCUCACAAAUGAUUUUAAUUUUUUUGCCUACUGUGUCUCGCUGUAUUUUCCUGCACAACCCUGUAGCCCUCUGUUGUUUUUUAUUUUAUUACCCAUAAAUCCCAGCGUGACCUCCCUUUGGUCUGAUUAUGUUUUGGACUGCCUGUGACCUUACUCCACCUCCACUCCUGUGGAAACACCCAGGGCCCACUGUGCCUUCCUAGUUCUGCAGCAAUAAUCUGCACAAAAUUUCUCAUUUUACACAUAUUUUAAAGAUAUAUUAAGUUUUAUUAAAAGCAACCAUUGGGUAGCAGCACUAUAAAUCAUCGUAAAUGUUAAAUUACUUUGUUUCUAAAUCAUUUUUUGUCAUUUUUAUUUAAACAAAAGGAACACUGGGUGAAAAUUUUUACAUUUUGGGCAAACAAAACCAGUUUUUGAACCUACUGAUCUUUCGAUUGUUGUAAAUCUCUUGUGAAUAUUGAUACUUUUAUAUUUUUUUGGCAGCUCGGAUGUAAAUAAAAUGUAUAGCAAGUUUCAUCUUAAUCUGUUGCAGAUUUUUAAACGUCUUUUCUCUACCUUGGUAAACGAUUCUUCUUUUAAAUCUAAGUAACAAACAAAAAAAGUCACUAAUGUCUUAUUUGAUCUGUUGGUAUUGAGUGAGCUCACUUGUCAAACAUCAACACUGAUAUUUUGGAUCUUGAUUCAGUCGUUAUUAAAAUCUAGACUCGAGUCCUGCUCGUCAAACUGAAAUCAUCCGCCUAAGAAGCCUUUCUUUUUCAUGUGCUCCUCUGCUUUUUAUCAUUUUACAAAUAGAUGCCAAAACGGCUCUAAUUGUAUUUUAAAGGAUUCUUCUUUUUAACAGAGUACUGUGCAGAGGUAUACUUUGAGCUUUGUACCACAAGGAUGGAUGAAAAACUGCGAUUUAAGCCCAAAUCCUACUCUUUUAUUUGGUACUCGCUGAGUUGUAAUGUUUUGAUUUUGAGCUGAUUGACUAAAGUGAACCAUAUAAGUUGGUUUGUAUAUUGUUUCUUUUUUUUCAAAAUUAUUUUCUGAUAAAACUGCACAAAACUGAUCUCAAACCAGCUCUGGGCCUUGAGAUUUGGGGACUUUUUAACCACUGAUCAAUAAAAACGAGUGCAACACUAAA